AUGGCUGCAGCGACACAACCAAUGCCAAUGACAGGAGCUAAUUUUGCUUUUUUUGGUAUCACUUCAUCCGGUAAAAGUACAAUGCUUAACCAAUUUCUCGGGAAACAAGUUGCAGCCACUGGUGCUGGUGAUACAACAACUCAGGUGCAACGAUAUGAUGGUAAUGGUUUUUCUCUCUAUGAUAUUCCCGGCAAAAAUGAUGAGGUAUCUUAUUUUACAAUGGAAUAUGUUGCUUUUUGGAAGGGUUUGACAGCUCGUCUCGUACUUAUUACGGCAACAGUAAAAGAAAUGACUAGUGUAUGUCGUGUACUUGAUGCUAUUAAUCUGACAUAUGAUAUUGUAGUCAGUAAGUUUGACCAACAUCAGGAAGAUGAAAGAGAUCAGUUAAAAGCACAGAUUCAUGCUGAAAUCAAGCAACUUGAACUUAAAGGCGUUGAAAACGUCUGGUUCGUCAGUUCUAAGUAUCCUCAAAUGUUUGAUGAUUGGCUUCAAAUGGUUCAUAGUCUCACUGGAAGAUCAUACAACUUUAAUAAUAUGACAAUAAAGAAUAAGACAGAAACCGAUUCUAGAAUAAUAUUCUUCUCACAAUCUGAAACGAAUAUUACGACUUCAAAACUUGUACAAGAUCAAUUUUCUUUGCAACUCAACAAGCUGAAUUCAAUGGGAUUUAAUGAUGAGAAUAAGAACCGACAAUUACUUAUUAAAAAUAAUGGCGAUAUAGCUACUACUAUCGACUCACUCAUGAACAGUACCAUCACCACUUUUGACUUAUGUGUAGAUAGUACUAGUACGGUCGAUAAGUUUGCAGAGCAGCUACAGACACUAAAAUCGAUGGGUUUUACCAAUGAUGAACAGAACCUAACGUUGCUUAGAGAAUUCAAUGGUGACUGUGAAAGUGUGAUAGACAUAUUAAUGGAAUCUUGAUAAAUAGAGUGUAUAUUUACAACCAUAAUAAAAAUUAAUCUUUCUUCGAGAAUUUUAUUUACUUCAAUGUGUUGGAAAAAAUAUCCAUUAAAUGAUCAUCCUAUGAAAGACGCAACAUUGAGGAAAAUAAAAGAGCAAUAAAUGUAAACAUGAACCUUAUCAGUGUGCCAAAGAAAGAAUUUCUGAAUCGCUAUUCUUUUUAAUCCAGAUCAUGAUGGUAAAUAGGCUUAUACACCAUCCCACCAACAUUAAUAAUAAUGCUUUAGUUAUUUACUCAUAAUAACAUUUGUAAAUUAUUCCAAACCUUGAAAUAAAAUUGUAAUUUUAGUAGAAAAUAGAGCAUGUUCUUUGUUAAAAUUUUAUACUUGUUUCCAUCGGAUCUAAUUUGGACUGUAUCGUCUUCUAACUCUGACGUUGAAGCCUAGAACAUAAAAGACUAUGCAUGUUUUGACGUUCAACUUGAGACAGACGAUUAUUUAUUGGUUGAAAUAUUUUCAAAAGGAAAAAUGUUAGAAGAAUUUUGCAGUAGCAUCGAUAUAUACAAAGCUUAUUUUAAUAUUAAUUGUUAUCGCUCCAACAGCAUUGUCCUAUUUUGUUUUGAGAAAAGUUCAACUUUCUACCUUAACUAUUUAUUUUUGAGAAAUCAAUCUAAGAAAUGUGAUUUCUAAUGAGAUCAAGAUCUUUUUGCAAGAAUAUUAUACAAAACUGACUAUUUUCUUUAUCUAAAGCUCAAACGAUUGAUAAGAAAAAUAAUGUGAUUACAAUGAAGGACUUCCAUUUAUUAUUUAGAAAGCGACUUUUGUUCUAGCACUUCUACAUAUGUAAAUGCUUCCCAUAUCGAAAUGAACCUGUAAGAGAGGACUGCUGAAAUCCAAAGCAUGACUGUCCACUGACUUUAUAACUUAAAGUAGUAUUUUACAUUCACCAAUAUCAAUAGGCGAUGAGGAGUCUUGCAUUCAAUCUUAAAACGAAAUCAUUAGUGUCACAAAUUCAUUUUAGUUAAGACCACCAGAUAUUUUAUUAAAUUAAAGCAACUUUCUUCACUUAAAGUUUAAAUAAGUUUUUUAACUUAUUUUAUCUUGUUUGAAAAAAAGUAUUGUAAAAUACACCGAACCUUUACAACAAAGAGAUAGACAAAAAACGAAAUUUUCUUAGAAAUAAAACAAUCUGAUUUUAUAUCUCAAAAAUAUGCAAUAAGUGACGGGAAACUAUGUUUUUUGUCAAGAGACAUCGAUUCCUUUCUAUGUUUGAGGAUGUUUUAGAUAGUUGACCAUUUGAAGCCAGUCUGGAAAUUGUGCUGGAUAUUUAGCACUAACAAAAAACACAUGUCCUACACUUUUCAACCCAAUUUUUGCAAUUUCUUUUCGU